AUGUGUUUUUUUUUGGUUUUUCUUACACAUAUCAUUCCUUGCAAUGUGAGAUUGGAUUUCAAUGAGCUCAUAUCUGAAGACACUGUCAUCUUCGACUCUCCUAGGGGGCCCUACACUAGGGAGGUCAAUAAGGGACGAAAUAUCACCCAGAUUGGACAAGAUGAAUGGGAUCGUUUCAUUGCCCGCAUGGAUAUCAAUGGGGGUGAAUUGAUGAGCUUCUCCUUUAGAAGGAAAACUUCAAGGCUUGCUGUUAUCUAUCUCAACUAUGAGAAAUACGAUGAUGACCCACUUGAUGAAGCAAUCUUUUCCCAAAGAAUUACCAGGCUGAGCGAGGAUGAAACUGACAUGCUUUGGGAAAAACUUCCGCCGCGUGAUGCCUAUGUCGGGAUGCCAUUCGCGACCCGCGUGACACAAACGAUGGUUAACUACCAUGUCAUGAAAUUACCUAAGAAUCUAUGUGUGAGCUGUGGCAUCGAGCCGGAUGAAGAAGUAAUUGCAGGACCACGCCUUACUACAAGGGGCGUCAUCACCACAUGUGAUUAUGUAGUGCACACAGACGGGCACAAUAUCUUCAGUGCAACUAGGUGGAGCAACUUCCUUGCUGGCAAGAAUCUCCGGGUUGGACAUACCGUCCUAGUCACUAUCAGGAACACCCCAUGCCAUGACUUGAGGAUUAUGAUCGUUAUUAAGUUUGCUCGUGCGAAAUGA